CGACCUUCAAUUCUCCUUUUCAUUCGUCCUCAACAUACAUACAAUAUCAAACGGUGCGGCGCGGCAUACGAUAGCCUAGAAGGACUAUGGCAGAGCAUUCAACUCUCGAGGCGAUCCUCGGUGGCACACAGGUACCGCAUCAGCCUCUGCUCAUCAUCACCGAUUCAGCGGUCUUUUCCGGAUUGGCCGUCUUCAAGGAAUCUCUACGCAGAGCUUUGAGAAUGCGCGGUCCAGUGGUCCUCGUUACGGCUCUGCAUAAGCCCUCGCUGCUGCAGCAACAACCAUCUCCUGAAUUCGAUUCGGCCAAUCUCACAACCGUUGACCUGACGGGCGAGGUUCCCGGUUUGACACUAGACGAGUCAGGUCCGAGCUUCAGCAAGCGCAUAUUGGAGGCCUCCAAACCAGAGUCACAGAUAUUCAUCGAUGCGAUCGGCGUUCUUGCGGAAGAUUACUCGCCUCUCGAAGCAAUUCGACUGAUUUCGUCUAUUCUGACACAGGCCAAAUCGCCUGGUCGACUGACACUCCUUCUUCCGUACGCUUCAACCAUUCUCCAGACUCUCAUCCAUCCCUCUUUCUCACCCACUUUAUCUCUUCUCACUAUCCUAAAUCCCAGGGUCGUGGAGUUUCUCUCAAAAUCCUAUCUUCAGCCUGUUUCGUCUUCACCUCCAUUCUGGAUGAUUCUCGAGCGGGCCAAGGAGAGGAGAACUCCCGAACAAUUGGCUUACAACGGUGAAGAAGGGGUGGAAGUGGGUGAUUGGACGAGAAGCAAGUCAGGAGCGGUCGUACAAGUGCUCGUGAGGAAAGCUACAGGAGGAAUCAAAGGCAUAUCCAGAACACUUGCAAGCAUCUCGGCGCAGAAUCAUACGUCCAACUCGAGUUCGCGGGAGGAGCUCGUAGCUGGGCCUGUGGACUCAGUAGUGGACAUCAAGCCAUUUGCCGCGCCAACUUCGGCCAGCUCUCUUGGCAGAUCAGCCCGGGUCGAUCGUCCGGCACAGACUCCGACAGAGAUGAACCUUCCGUUCAAUCUUUCCCUCACAGAUGAGCAGAGACGCCGGAGGGGCCAGGUUCCACUGCCGUAUGCGCAUGAAGGAGAAGGCGCGGACCUGAUGGAGUAUGGAGAUGACGAAGAUGAGGACGAUGAGGAGAUAUGAAUAGAAAGUUGAGAGGAACAGAGGGUCAUUAUAGCGAUACAUACAACGAU